AUCAUUUUUUCAGUCAUUAUGCAUUAUUAGUUAUUCAUUAUUUCCUUUGAUACUUUCUUCGUUCCUUAAUUUAUUUAUCUCAACACAUGUCAUACGCUUAUUAUUUUGCUUGUUAUCAAUAGUUUGGUCAUCUUACAAUUGUAUUUUAAUUUUAGCAAAGUUUAUAAAAAGUAACAGGUUACUUAUUUCAUUUUUUCCUAUUUGCUUAUUACAACUCUUUUUAGCUAGUUUUUUAUUGAUUAAAUAA